AUGUCUCUACUCUCUCUUCCUCUUAUUGUACUUCUGAUGCUCCGUGUGCUGCCGAGUUUUACGCAAUUUCAGGUAUUGUAUCGAGAGAAUCAGGAUCAAGUCUGGAACAGUUCUCAGCCAGUUCGAUUCUGGGAACUCGUGGAAUACAGACCCACGACAACACCUCCUCCAACGACUACGACAGAAUGGGUUCCGCCACCAACUACAACGACUACAACAACAACAACGACGACAGUAGAUCCAUGUGAAUCAUCUCAUCCGUUGGAUUUGACACGUCGUUUACGUGAUACCGCUGGAUACAAUAAGAUUUAUAUGGCCAAAGAUUUUUCGACGGCGAGAAAUGAAUUUCCAGAUUUGAGGGGGUUGGCACACAAGCCACCCGCAGAUUAUCAUUGUGGGAAGAGAUGUCAGAGAUCGAGUCAAUUGAUACGAAAAAUCAUAAAAACAGGUCAACCAGCGGAAGCAGAACGUGCAUGGUGGGAUGAAGAUGAAUGGGAAGAAGGAAGAAGAAGGCGAUCACGGGCGGCCGAUUGGAGAGAUAAUGAAGACGGAACAAGUAAUAGCAACAGUCUUCUGUCACGAAAUACUGGAACUUCCAGACAUAUCCUGGGAAUGACGGUAGCAGUCGAGUGUGAUGAUGAAACUGGAGAAUUCAAUAGUGGUGGAUAUUCCCUGUGUACUACAUGUCGUGCUGUCCGACACCUUCCAUCUACAUAUUUUCCACGUGUCAUCAAUGAGUUGAUAUGCUCUCAAAAAGCGUGUUUACGUGGAGAGGGGAAAUGCAUUCAGAGAGUUAUGCCCAUGAAGGUGCUUCGAAAUGUUGGCACCCGUGAAUGUGCCCGUUGGCAGAUGUCACAGAUCGACGUGAGAACAUGUUGUGAUUGCAUGUUGAAUCCCAAUUCCCCGCUUGUGACUUACUUAUAG